ACUUUUAAUUUUUCUGUCGACUGUAUCGGAACAUCUUUGAAAUUUCGUAAUAAUUUUAUUUGUAUUAUCGAUUUUCCUUCUGGUUAUUCCCAUGAUCUGUUAAUUAAAUCAAAAAAUAUACAAAGCGAAAUUGUGAAUUCCAUAAAAUUAUCACAACAAAACCAACCAAUGAAUGUUAUUAAAGCCAAGAUUCUAUGGUCAUUAAGGCCUUUCAAGCUUCGAAAAUUCAAAAAAAUAUUUUUCCUGAAAUUGUUUACACUCACACUCACAGCAUUAUGGUUUUACGUUCACUUGAAUGAUCCGUUGGCUAUAGAAAAGCCAUUCAUUUUCAUCGAACCCAUCACAUCUUACUAUCGAUUUCAACACAAUUCUGGAACAAAAGAUUGGCAUGAUUAUUCUACGAUAGAGAUGGAAUCACAACGGAUGGGACCAGGUGAACAGGGACAACCAGUCUACGUUACGAAAGACGAAGAAGAGUUGAGUCGUAAAAUAUUCGAGGAAAAUAAGCACAAUGGAUUGGUCAGUGACAAAAUAGCUCGAGAUCGUUCAAUACCAGACACAAGACCUAACGAGUGUCGCACUCGACAAUAUUUGAGUCAACUUCCUUCAGUCAGUGUCGUCAUUCCUUUCCACAAUGAAAUUCUUAGCACUCUUACAAGAACAAUUCACAGCAUCUUUACACGAUCACCUCCCGAACUCUUGAAAGAAGUCAUUUUAGUGAAUGAUCACAGUGACAAAGAUUAUUGCUACGGACCUUUAGAGGAAUACAUCAAAGAUCAUUUCGAUUCUUCAAAGAUUCGAAUUCUUGUCAUGCCCGUGAGAUCAGGAUUAAUGUGGGCAAGAUUGGCUGGUGCUAGAUCAGCUACUGGAGAUGUUCUUGUCUUCAUGGAUUGUCAUAUAGAAGCGAAUGUCAAUUGGCUUCCACCAUUGAUUGAACCGAUCGCAAAAAAUUAUCGAACUUGCACUUGUCCCCUUAUUGAAGGCAUAGAUUCUCAAACUUAUAAAUAUAAGAAGAAAGGUAAUGGCAAUCGUGGAGGUUUCAAUUGGCAGCUUCAUUUCAUGUAUUUGCCGUUACGUUCAGAUGAUCAAAAAACAGCUGACGAACCUUUUGAAACACCAGUCAUGAUUGGUUGUGCGUUUGCAAUAUCAGCAAAAUACUUUUGGGAACUUGGGGGCUAUGACACUGGUCUGAAUAUUUGGGGUGGUGAACAGUAUGAACUGAGUUUCAAAGUGUGGCUUUGCGGAGGAGUUUUAUUAAAUGUUCCUUGUUCUCGUAUUGGUCAUUUGUUUCGAUCGAGACCAUUUACAGAAGUUGACAAUAUCACAAACUAUUACGACAGAAAUUUCAAAAGGGUUGCCGAAGUUUGGAUGGAUGAAUACAAGCACCAUAUUUACAGUCGUAAUCCUGAUCGUUGGAAUAAAGUAGAUUUUGGAGAUUUAUCAAAAGCAUUGGAAUUGAAAAGUAAACUCAAUUGCAAGCCUUUUAAAUACUUUUUAGAAGAAAUUGGACCUGAUAUAGUCGAUCGUUACCCACCUGUCGAGCCUCCACCCUUUGCAUAUGGGAAAAUACAAAGCGAAAUGGCAAAAGAACUUUGCAUAGACACUAUGAAUGUGCGUGAAUCUGAACUCGGAUUAUAUCCUUGUAAACAUUCUUCAAAAGUUCAUAUUACUCAAACAUUUCGCUUAAGGAAGCAUCGUGAUAUUUCAAUAGAAUUCUCAAAGUCAGAUUGCAUAACUAAGAAAAAAGAUAAAAUAUUAAGCUUUCCAUGUUAUUUCAAUCAGAAUAGUCAAUAUUUUCGUUAUAAUAUUACUUCGAAACAAAUAGUUUGUGGUCCAAAUCGAAACCGUCAAUGUCUAGAUAUGAACGAAGAUUUGAAAACAAUUUUUAUAGCACAAUGUGACAGUGAUCAAAUAUCACAGAGAUGGAUAUGGGAUUUCGUCAAUGAAACAAUGCUUCUAAAUUGGGUUGAUUAUGGCAAUCCAAUUUCAGACUUGGAAGAACGAAAUGAGUUAAAAAACAUAAUUUAAAUAAAUUAUUUAAUCUUGAAUA